GCCACGUGUGACCCGUUCGGUGCGUUCCAGAGAUUGUUGCGCGUCGUAACGAUCAAGAGACAAGUGUGUAUCGAUCGAACGGUACCGCGAUCGCGAAUUUCGAACCGUAGCACGCGAGGCAGGGACGGCAACUUUUGGGUGAGUCAGCCACGACGAUAAGCGAUAAGCUUAUCAGCGAGAAAUUAUUCUUCAUUUUUCGACACGCUGGUCGACGAAGGUUCACAGGCUGCAGACUCCGUUCCACGCGACAGGAUAAUAAGAAAUUGCGUAAGGUCCCGCGAACGGAGGCCACAGGAGUCGAGCGACGAGCGAAGAAUAAACAAAUAAAAAUGAAGGCAUCGUCGAUCGGUACGCUCGUGGCUGGUUUGUUCCUACUGUGCCUCGUUGCACCACUUCAGAGCGAUCCUCAGGAUUACUGGCCUAGCUAUUCCGUGUACAACCCUGUGAAUCCUCGAUUGCACCCGGUGGAAGCGUUUCCCGAUCGAUACAGUGCUCCAACCGUGCAAGGACCUCCGUCGUACGUGACGGGAUACGUAAGAGUACCGGAAGAAACGCUGCAUGCAGGAUAUUACGAUUACCAGGAUUUUGGAGCCAAUAAUCAGGGAGGCGGAGACUCGAUCGACCGGAUGAACCUCCAACGGAAAGAGGAGGACGCGGAAAGGAGCUCGAAGGAGCAGGAAAUCUUGAAGAACAUGAAUAUUCUUAAUAAACUACUGUCGGAGGACCCGAACGAUAAGGACGUCGACACGAACGCGAUCGGGGGAAACGUCAUGUCCGAGGAGACGAAGAGGGUCGUCAGAGAGGUCCGGAAACAGAAGCCAGGCUUCUUCUGGACCCUCGCUAGAAUCACCUUCGAAAUGAUCAACGACACCAGAUCGGCGAUCAAGCAGAUCGGCGAGAUCGUCAACAACAGCAUCGUGCCGGACUCUGCCACCCAGAGCUCGAUGAUGAGCGGCUCCCUAACGGCUGUUGAUGCCGACAGGAACACGACAGGCGUCAAUGGAACGGAAACGACGACCACGUCGCCCACAACGACCACCCAGUCCUCCGCCCUGCUCACCAGAAGCGGCCUGCAGACUUUGAUCAGGAGAAACGUCCUGGGACUGGUCAGACUAUUCAAUAUCGAGUGGAAAGACGCUUUAAACGAGUCGGAAGUCACCGUGAGAGAGUUCCAGAAGGAUCUGGGGAACCAGGUGGGCAGUUUCCUGAGGGACAAUCCGAACGCGUACUGAGAGCAAGGACUCAGGGGGUGUAAAUUUGUAUAGGGGUGUGUCGUAGCGUGUAGCCAAAGACUGAAUAGCUCUCAAUGUACCCGUCGUUGUACGUAACGUUAGUCGAUUAAUUGUAAGACCAUUUUUCUAUUCGAAUUAAAAGCAAAAUUUCAACCGAGAGUCGAGGAUUUGAAAGAACACGAUGUAACCGAUGUGUAACCUUUGGCGUUACAAAACCGCACCGAAAACCAUAGGUCCCCGCUCGAGUUACGUCACAUUUAAAAGAUCAUCGUCCGAUAUUUAUGUAACUUGGCUCGAAUCGACCCACAUCAUCGCGAACACCUGCGGGCGAAUAAUCAACGAAAGAGGACAGACGGGAUGCUAAUUCGAGAAGCACGAAUCGAGGUAAGUAGAAAGCACCUUCUUCGUGUUUGCGUCGUAUCCGAUUGGUCGAUAGGAUGUGUGGGACCCGUGAGGCUCUCUCUUAUAAUGUGGAUCACCGUGGGUCAUCUUACCCGUGAGCCAAACGACGGGAACAA